AUGGUAAGAUAUUGCAAUGCUUUUCUCAUUGUACGCAUCCCAAAAAAGAAGGGUGCAAUAGAGCGAAGGGACUACAGACCUGCCAGCCUAAUAAGAAGUGUUUACGAUAUAGCAGCUAAGGUGUUGGCAGAAAAAUCAAAAAGGUUCGUUAACAAACUGGUUUCUGAUCAACAAAGUGUAUUCAUAAAGGGCAGACAGAUCAUAGAUACCUCUCUAAGAGUCAAGGAGGUUCUGGAUUGGAAAAUCAGAAGGGGAGAAACAAGCAUUCUGUUAAAACUUGAUAUUGAGAAAACAUUUGAUCAGUUGAACUGGUCCUUUCUAAUUAACAUGCUAAAGAAGAUGGAUAGAUGGCCAAAGAAGUCCAGUUCUGCAUCUCAACAGUCAAAUAUUAAAUAUUGA